AUUCAUUCUUCUUAAAGACUGCAGCUGUAGCUGGUGAAAUUAAUUGUCUGAUCGAAUUGUAACGUAUCUGUGAUAAAUUUAAUGUUUAUUAUUAUAUGUGCAAAAGUUUCUUUUUACAUAGUGAGUGUCUACGAAUAAACCACAUUUAUUUUUGUGAAAUAUCGAUUUAUCUAUUUGUUAUUAUUAAUAGUGUAACAGUUAAAACACAUUUUAUUUUAUAACAAAUAAAUAUUAUUUUAUAUAAAAUAAUAUUCAUCGAAAGUGUUUACGAGUGAUUAAAAAAAAAUUUCUUGUCAAUCAAUUAAAGCAGAAAGAAAUAUGCCGCAGGGAAGAAGGAAGGUAGCUUUUAGCGGUAAAGCGAAAAAACAACAAAUGCAAGCGAAAAAACAACGACAAAAUCAUCUUUUAAAAGUUGUACAAAAUGCAGAUUAUGAUGACGAAUUGAGUUUAACCGAUGAUAUUGAGUUUAAAAGAAGCAUACAAAAGAUAAACAAGCAACCACAAAAUUUUAGAAAUAAGUAUGCUCUUCAAUUUUUUCAAGAAUCGCAAGAAGAAUUGCGAAGGCGCAAGAUGGAAGCUAGAAAUACUAUUAAUAUGAUACCUCUAAAACAACAAGAAAUUUCUGAUAAUUAUUUUCCAUCAGAAUUAGAUAUACCUAAGAGACCAUUCUGGGUUUAUGAUAUGUCGAAAGAUCAAUUGGAAAUUAAAGAACAAAAAUAUUUUAAUGUAUAUCUACAAACUAUGGAAAAAUUGGAUAUUAGUUAUUUUGAAUUAAAUUUAGAAACUUGGAGACAAUUGUGGAGAGUUUUAGAAAUGUCAGAUAUAUUGUUGAUCAUUGUUGAUAUUAGAUUUCCUGUUUUAAUGUUUCCUCCAUAUUUAUAUAACUAUAUAACAAAGGAAUUAAACAAAGAUAUGAUUUUAAUUCUCAAUAAAAUUGAUUUGGCACCUCCUCCGUUGGUAGUAGCUUGGAAAAAUUACUUCUCUACUCAUUAUCCAAAACUGCACAUAUUAAUGUUCACGUCAUUUCCAACUUACAACUUAAGAGGGAAUACAAAUCAAAGUGAAGGGAUAAAGAAAAAACGUAGAAAAGGAAAAUUGAAAAUGGCAGCGGAAGGAGCACAAAAAUUAUUGGAGGCAUGUCAAGAUAUUGUCGGAGAGGAAGUAGAUUUGAAUUCUUGGCAUGAUAAAAUUCAAGAGGAAAUGAAUGCAGAAUAUGAUUUAGACGAUAUAGACAGAAAGAAUAAUAUUAUCAUUGAAAAACAAGAUGAUACAUAUGUUGAGCAUGUAAAAUAUAAAAAUGGUGUAUUGACUAUAGGUUGCAUUGGUACGCCAAAUGUUGGAAAAUCAUCUUUAAUGAAUGCAUUAAUGGGUAAAAAAGUUGUAAGCGUGUCUCGUACUCCUGGACAUACAAAACAUUUUCAAACUAUCUAUCUUACCAAAACAGUCUGUCUUUGUGAUUGUCCCGGUUUAGUAUUCCCAUCGACUGUACCUAAACAAUUACAAAUUUUAAUGGGUUCAUUUCCAAUAGCACAAGUUAGAGAACCAUAUACUAGUGUAAAAUUCUUAGCCGAACGAAUAGAUUUACCUAAAUUAUUAAGGAUACAACAUCAAAAUAAGGAUGAUUAUUGGUCUGCCAUGGAUAUAUGCGAUGCUUGGGCAGUAAAAAGAAAUUUCUAUACAGCUAAAGCGGCAAGACCAGAUACUUAUAGAGCAGCUAAUUCUUUAUUAAGAAUGUCAUUAGAAGGAAGAAUUUGUAUUUAUGUAUAUCCUCCAAAUUGGUUCGAAAAUAAAGAAAAUUGGGAACAACAUCCUGAAGUCGAGACGGUUAAAUGGAUUCAGGCUAAAAUUCAUGAGGAGGAUGAUGAUGUUGCUGGUCCAAUGAAAGAAGUAUAUUCAUCGUCAGAAGACGAGGAAGAGGAGGAGCAAAAGGAGGAUGAGGAUGUAAAAAGAAGCGAUGACGGAAUCAGUGAUGAAGAAGAAUCGGAAGAUUCAUCGAGCGAAUCGGUAGUUAUACCGGUUGUCAAUAAUAAAUUUGAAGCAUUGUCGCAUACGGAAUUGUAAAAACUUGAAAAACGAAUAUUAUAUUAAAAAAAAUAUUUAGAAUUCGAUAAUUCCUUCGCCCAUGUAAUUUUUAAUUUUAUUGAAUUUUUUCUAACAAUGCCUAGAGUAAGCAUUUGGAUAAAUGAAAUUUUUUUAUUACAAACACACACACACACACACACACACACACAUAUAUAUAUUACAGACACACGCGCGACACACACACACAUACACAGAUAUGUUUCAUGAACGAAAUUAUUGUACCAAAUUGUUUUAGUUUAUAUCAUUACGUUCUUCCAAAUAGUAUUCUGUCUAAAUUAGAUUAGAAUAUUUACAUUUGAUAUUUCUUGUAAAUCGUGAACGCAUUUUGUUAUUAAUCUUUGGUCCACUCUAACACAAAACAUCCGAAUAAAGAUGAUAUAUAAUUAGUA